AACAUUGAUGCAAUGUUCGAGGCCUACAUUGCAAACCUGCGCAGACAGCUCGACGGACUGGGCAAUGAGAAGGUCAAGCUGGAGGGAGAACUGAGGAACAUGCAGGGCCAGGUUGAGGACUUCAAGAAGAAGUAUGAAGAUGAGAUUGUCAAACGUGCAGCUGCAGAGAACGAGUUUGUGCUCCUGAAGAAGGAUGUUGAUGCUGCCUACAUGAACAAGGUGGAGCUGGAGGCCAGGGCCGAUGCUCUUCAGGAUGAGAUCAACUUCCUCAGGGCCGUCUAUGAGGCUGAGCUUCGUGAGCUGCAGAGCCAGAUCAAGGACACCUCUGUCAUCGUGGAGAUGGACAACAGCCGUAACCUGGACAUGGAUGCUAUUGUGGCUGAAGUGCGUGCUCAGUAUGAGGACAUUGCCAACCGCAGCAAGGCUGAGGCUGAGACCUGGUACAAACAGAAAUAUGAGGAGAUGCAGACCUCUGCUGGACAGUAUGGUGAUGACCUGCGCACAACCAAGGCUGAGAUCUCUGAGCUGAACCGCAUGAUCGCCCGUCUCCAGAAUGAGAUUGAGGCUGUCAAGGGACAGAGGGCUAGCCUUGAGGCUCAGAUCGCAGAGGCUGAGGAGCGUGGUGAAUUGGCAGUUAAGGAUGCCAAGUUACGCAUCAAGGAUCUAGAGGAUGCUCUGCAGAGAGCCAAGCAGGACAUGGCCCGCCAGGUGCGCGAAUACCAGGAGCUGAUGAAUGUCAAGCUGGCCCUGGACAUU